UCUUGAGAAUUUUUUUUGCAUAAAAGCCGCUAUCAUAUCAGUUGUAAAGUCAGUAACGAAACUUUACUUCGAAAAUGAUGGAAACGAAAAAGUUCUUCGGAAUAUAUCUUAUAAUAGCGUCUGCUUCGUACGUUUUAGCAGUACCAGCUACUCUUAAUUGCAAGGGAAAAGAUACUGUUUGUGUGGGACCACUUAGUUAUAAAAACUGUACUACUGCAGAGGAUGGAAAUUCAUAUGCAAAUGUAGGGCCUUCCACAUCUUGCCCACCCAACUUUAGGUGUACAAAUGAUGGUCAGCAAAUUUGUUCACCAAUUGGAGGUGCUCCUUCAACAGCUGAACAAGUGGACACAACACUACCAGUAGAAACAACUGAUGGCCCAAUCGAAACAACUACACCUGCAGUUCCUACUGAUAGCCCAGUAACUGAUGGGCCAGUUUCAUCAACAGAUGCUCCUGCUGUUGAAACUUCAGUAGUACCAGAAACAACAACUCCUCAACCUUCUGAUUCAACUGAUGUUCCAAAUAACUCUACUGAAACCUCAGUUCCAGUUGAGCCAAGUGAACAGCCAACAACUGAAUCAGUGGUUUCUGAAACAACUGCUGCACCCGUGGAAUCAUCAACUGUUAUUGUUGAAACAACGAGUGUCCCAAUCAGUUCCGUAGCACCUGUUGACAAUUCUACUAUUGUAGAUGAACCAAACACUACUGAAACAAUUAUUCCUGAAAUAACUACUGAAUCCAUCGACACUUCUUCCAUUGUAAAUGAACCAAAUAACUCAACUGAUACUUCAGUUUCUCCAUCAGAUGAACCAAUAACUGCUGAAUCAGCAGCUCCUGAAACAACAGUUAUCCCAGUUGAAACAUCGCCUGUUGAAGAACAACCCACAAUCGAACCGGUAGACCCAACCAGUGUUCCGAGCGAGCCUUCAUCUGAACCUGAAGCACCAAUAACAAGUGAAUCAGCAGCUCCUGAAACAACAGCAAUCCCCGCUGAAACUCCGCCUGUUGAAGAACAACCAACAAUAGCACCGGUAGAUCCUACCAGUGUUCCAAGCGAGCCUUCAUCUGAACCUGAAGCACCUAUAACCGGUGAAUCAGCAGCUCCUGAAACAACAGCAAUCCCCGCUGAAACUUCGCCUGUUGAAGAACAACCAACAAUCGCACCGGUAGAUCCUACCAGUGUUCCAAGCGAGCCUUCAUCUGAACCCGAAGCACCAAUAACCGGUGAAUCAGCAGCUCCUGAAACAACAGCAAUACCCGCUGAAACUUCGCCUGUUGAAGAACAACCAACAAUCGCACCGGUAGAUCCUACCAGUGUUCCAAGCGAGCCUUCAUCUGAACCCGAAGCACCAAUAACCGGUGAAUCAGCAGCUCCUGAAACAACAGCAAUCCCCGCUGAAACUUCGCCUGUUGAAGAACAACCAACAAUCGCACCGGUAGAUCCUACCAGUGUUCCAAGCGAGCCUUCAUCUGAACCUGAAGCACCUAUAACCGGUGAAUCAGCAGCUCCUGAAACAACAGCAAUCCCCGCUGAAACUUCGCCUGUUGAAGAACAACCAACAAUCGCACCGGUAGAUCCUACCAGUGCUCCAAGCGAGCCUUCAUCUGACCCUGAAGCACCAAUAACCGGUGAAUCAGCAGCUCCUGAAACAACAGCAAUCCCCGCUGAAACUUCGCCUGUUGAAGAACAACCAACAAUCGCACCGGUAGAUCCCACCAGUGUUCCAAGUGACCCUUCAUCUGAACCUGAAGCACCAAUAACCGGUGAAUCAGCAGCUCCUGAAACAACAGUUAUCCCCGCUGAAACUUCGCCAGUUGAAGAACAACCAACAAUCGCACCGGUAGAUCCUACCAGUGUUCCAAGCGAGCCUUCAUCUGAACCCGAAGCACCAAUAACCGGUGAAUCAGCAGCUCCUGAAACAACAGCAAUCCCCGCUGAAACUUCGCCUGUUGAAGAACAACCAACAAUCGCACCGGUAGAUCCUACCAGUGUUCCAAGUGAGCCUUCAUCUGAACCUGAAGCACCAAUAACCGGUGAAUCAGCAGCUCCUGAAACAACCGUUAUCCCCGCUGAAACUUCGCCAGUUGAAGAACAACCAACAAUCCCACCAGUAGAUCCUACCAGUGUUCCAAGCGAGCCUUCAUCUGAACCUGAAGCACCAAUAACAAGUGAAUCAGCAGCUCCUGAAACAACAGCAAUCCCCGCUGAAACUUCGCCUGUUGAAGAACAACCAACAAUCGCACCGGUAGAUCCUACCAGUGUUCCAAGUGAGCCUUCAUCUGAACCUGAAGCAGCAAUAACCGGUGAAUCAGCAGCUCCUGAAACAACCGUUAUCCCCGCUGAAACUUCGCCAGUUGAAGAACAACCAACAAUCGCACCGGUAGAUCCUACCAGUGUUCCAAGCGAGCCUUCAUCUGAACCUGAAGCACCUAUAACCGGUGAAUCAGCAGCUCCUGAAACAACAGCAAUACCCGCUGAAACUUCGCCUGUUGAAGAACAACCAACAAUCGCACCGGUAGAUCCUACCAGUGUUCCAAGCGAGCCUUCAUCUGAACCUGAAGCACCAAUAACCGGUGAAUCAGCAGCUCCUGAAACAACAGCAAUCCCCGCUGAAACUUCGCCUGUUGAAGAACAACCAACAAUCGCACCGGUAGAUCCCACCAGUGUUCCAAGUGAGCCUUCAUCUGAACCUGAAGCACCAAUAACCGGUGAAUCAGCAGCUCCUGAAACAACAGCAAUCCCCGCUGAAACUUCGCCUGUUGAAGAACAACCAAAAAUCGCACCGGUAGAUCCAACCAGUGUUCCAAGCGAGCCUUCAUCUGAACCUGAAGCACCAAUAACCGGGGAAUCGGUAGCUCCUGAAGUAACUGCAGUACCAGUUGAUCCAACAAGUGGUCCAGUCGAAUCCUCAACAGCCACAGCUCCAGCUCAACCAGGUGCACCAAUCACAGGUGAAACUGUAGCUCCCGAAGCAACCGCUGUUCCAGUAGAUCCAACGAGUGCUCCAGUCGAAUCCUCAACCGGCCCAGCCCCAGCUCAACCAGGUGCACCAAUCACUGGUGAAACUGUAGCUCCCGAAGCAACUGCUGUAACAGUAGAUCCAACAAGUGGUCAAGUCGAAUCCUCAACAGGCCCAGCAUCAGCUCAACCUGGUGCACCAAUCACAGGUGAAACCGGAGCUCCUGAAGUAACUGCAGUACCAGUUGAUCCAACAAGUGGUCCAGUCGAAUCCUCAACAGGCACAGCCCCAGCUCAACCAGGUGCACCAAUCACAGGUGAAACUGUAGCUCCCGAAGCAACCGCUGUACCAGUAGAUCCAACAAGUGGUCCAGUCGAAUCCUCAACAGGCCCAGCAUCAGCUCAACCUGGUGCACCAAUCACAGGUGAAACUGUAGCUCCCGAAGCAACUGUUGUACCAGUAAAUCCAACUAGUGCUCCAGUCGAAUCCUCAACAGGCGCAGCUCCUGCUCAACCAGGUGCACCAAUCACAGGUGAAACUGUAGCUCCCGAAGCAACCGCUGUACCAGUAGAUCCAACAAGUGGUCCAGUCGAAUCCUCAACAGGCCCAGCAUCAGCUCAACCUGGUGCACCAAUCACAGGUGAAACUGUAGCUCCCGAAGCAACUGUUGUACCAGUAGAUCCAACAAGUGGUCCAGUCGAAUCCUCAACAGGCCCAGCAUCAGCUCAACCUGGUGCACCAAUCAUAGGUGAAACUGUAGCUCCCGAAGCAACUGUUGUACCAGUAGAUCCAACUAGUGGUCCAGUCGAAUCCUCAACAGGCCCAGCAUCAGCUCAACCUGGUGCACCAAUCACAGGUGAAACUGUAGCUCCCGAAGCAACUGUUGUACCAGUAGAUCCAACAAGUGGUCCAGUCGAAUCCUCAACAGGCCCAGCAUCAGCUCAACCUGGUGCACCAAUCACAGGUGAAACUGUAGCUCCCGAAGCAACUGUUGUACCAGUAGAUCCAACAAGUGGUCCAGUCGAAUCCUCAACAGGCCCAGCAUCAGCUCAACCUGGUGCACCAAUCAUAGGUGAAACUGUAGCUCCCGAAGCAACCGCUGUACCAGUAGAUCCAACAAGUGGUCCAGUCGAAUCCUCAACAGGCCCAGCAUCAGCUCAACCUGGUGCACCAAUCACAGGUGAAACUGUAGCUCCCGAAGCAACCGCUGUACCAGUAGAUCCAACAAGUGGUCCAGUCGAAUCCUCAACAGGCCCAGCAUCAGCUCAACCUGGUGCACCAAUCACAGGUGAAACUGUAGCUCCCGAAGCAACCGCUGUACCAGUAGAUCCAACAAGUGGUCCAGUCGAAUCCUCAACAGGCCCAGCAUCAGCUCAACCUGGUGCACCAAUCAUAGGUGAAACUGUAGCUCCCGAAGCAACUGUUGUAACAGUAGAUCCAACAAGUGGUCCAGUCGAAUCCUCAACAGGCACAGCUCCAGCUCAACCAGGUGCACCAAUCACAGGUGAAACUGUAGCUCCCGAAGCAACUGCUGUACCAGUAGAUCCAACAAGUGGUCCAGUCGAAUCCUCAACAGGCCCAGCAUCAGCUCAACCUGGUGCACCAAUCACAGGUGAAACUGUAGCUCCCGAAGCAACUGCUGUACCAGUAGAUCCAACCAGCUCUCCAAUCGAUUCCUCUACAGGUUCAUCAGUCACUGGUGGACCCGCAGCUCCCGAGGGAUCUACAUCUACAAGCAAGCCAUGCCCUUCAGGACCCUGGUGGUGGCCUUUCAAACCAGCUGGUUGUAAGAAUGAACCUGAUAGUAUAAAUCUUCAAGAUGACUCUGCAUCCAUUAACUCCGAUGAAGGAAAAGUGCCACAACCUGAAAAUCUUCCUUUGCAUCCAGAUGAUUCCUCAGCUGUUCCAUCAUCACCAUCUCUAGGCAGUCCAGAAACAACCGAAGAUAAUUCUGAAGAAGGUCUAAUUUGGAGUCAUUUUCCUGGACUGAUAACGGGCAAACCUCUUCCAAUCAUUCCCAAACCUGAUUCAGAUGAGGAGGAGAAUAAAUCAUCCAAAAAUAAAUCAACCGAAAAACCUUCCGAUAAGAAAGAGAAAUCUAAAAAGAAGAACAAGAGUGAAGAAGACGAUGAUGAUGAUGAUGAUGACGACGAUGAUGAUUCCAAGGCAAAUAGCAACGAAAAGAAGAAUAAGUCAAAGGAAAAGAAGAAGGAGGAGAAGAAGAAUAAGAAGAACAGUAGCCAGAGUGAAGAAGACAACAAUUCAGGUGAAAAGAAAAAGGACAAGUCCAAGAAGAAGAAUAACAGCAAUGAAGAUAAUUCUUCCGACAACAAGGAGAAGAAAGAAAAGAAAUCUAAGAAAAAGAAUAGUAGUCAAAGUGAUGAAGAAAUAGAUGAAGAUAACUCUUCUAGCAGACGUCAUAGUCAUCAUCACAAUCAUCAUAGGCACUAAAUUUGGUGUUUUUUCUUCUGAGAUGUUAGAUUAAUCUUCAAAGUUGUUUAUCAACAAAACUUUUAGGUCAAUGUAGAUCAAAACGAAAUGUUCAUUUAAAUUUGUAAUAAUUGAUAUUAUAGAACAUUUAUAUUAUAUUUAUUUAAAUAAAUACAAUUCAGCAAAUAA